CAGCUCUUCCCUUUCCAGGACUUUGCACCGCGUUCCUUCACCGUUUCUGAAGGGAUGGCCUCCUCUCUGGACUCCUGCCCCCUGGAAGGCCCACCUGGGAGCCAGACGGGGUCCUGCAAAACGGAGAUGCGACAACUGCUGAAGGCUGGGAUACGGCUUUUCAAUGCCAAUGAAGACACAGAGGCACUGGCCGCGUUCAAGAAGGCAUACCUGCUCUCCAGGAGCAGCCCGGAGAAUCAUGCCCAGGCCACGUGCCUCUUCAACCUUGGGGCUGCCUACAUUGCCACCGGCAACGCCCAAAAAGGCCUCCGGUGCCUGCGGAAGGCCAAGCGGGCAGGAGCCCAGGAGGAGGAUGGCGACUUCUGCUUCAACGCCGCGGCUGCCUACGACCUCAUGGGGAACCACAGCAAAGCCAGGGAGCUGUACGGAAAGGCCGCUUGCGAAUACGGCGCGCGUCGAGCGCGACGUGCCGCCGAGGCCCUGACCAAGCAGGCUUACUGCCUGGUGAGCACGGGGGACCCGGCGUCGGCUGCACGCGCUUUCUGCCUGGCUGGCCGUGCCUACCAAACGGCGGGGCUCCCGGAAGACGCCGCCAUGGCUAUGAGGGAGGCCGCAAACGCCUUCCUCCGAAGCGGAACGCACCCCCCGGAUGACGCCCUGGAGGCUCUGGAGGCGUGUGGCCAGCUGUGCGCUGGCAUAACCAAUCUGGCCCUACUCGGGAAGCUGCACAACGACCUGGGGCUGCACUAUGCGGAGCUGGGGCGCUUCGAGCAGGCGGGGCAGCACUUUGCGGAAGCUCUGGAGCUCUGCGGCCCCCCGCAGGGAAGGCUGUCGGCUCAGCGGAGGGCCGUCGCGCUGCAGAACCUGGGGGCCGCCAGCAACGCCCUCGGGCACUACGCCCAGUCGCUGCGGUACCACUGUGAGGCGGCCGACCUGUACGGUGCGCUGGGCGGCAGCCAAGGGGCUGCUCAGGCUCAGUGCCUCUACAAUCUGGCCGCUGCUCACCAUCAGCUGAAGAACCACAACAUGGCGGGAUUCUACUAUCGCCAGGCAGGGAAAGCUUUUGCCGAGGCAGGUGACGCGGAGGGCGAGGCGCGUGCCCGCGGGGAGCUGGGAACGCUGAAUCUCUGCCAGGGCCCCUCUGACCAGGCCACGCCGGAUUGCAGGCCCAACCUGGCUGUGUUUGAGAAGUCAAAGCAGGCACCCAGUGGAACCAAAAAAUAACAGGGGCAGGGUAUGGAAGCACAAGCCCAAGGUGUGGACGAACCACAAGAUGAGGCCCAGCCCAGGCAGGGAAGGCCAGGGCUGGCAUCAUUCACUCGUUCAGCUCAGGGGUCCACCAGCAGAGAGCAGCUCAGCCCCCCAAGGACCUCCCCUCCUGCUCAAUGCUAUCAGGAGACUUCAUCCUCUGGGGGCAUUCAGAACUAGGAGCUACAAAGACAGCAGGCACCUAGGACCAGGCUUAGCCUGGAGAGCAAGGAACAGUGGGCUGCUGCUAUUAUUGUUGUUGUUGUUGUUGUUGUUGUUGUUGUUGUUGUUGUUGUUGUUUUAACAAAAGAGAUUUGCAGCAUUCUUGUAGAAAAGAGGCGAGAGCAGCCAAGACCCACCCAGAGGCCCUCCCCUCCAAACCUGGCAUUAUAGCCACCAAAGCAGAGAAAAACGGGGAGGGGUUACGUACAGGUAGUUAAAGCAGCUUAAAUACUCAGGAGAACCACCAACUUUACAAUGAGAGAAGGAUCGUGAAAGGAGCCAAACCAAGAACAGGCCUGCAGCUUAAUGAGCAGAGCCGCAAAGUCCAGCCCUGGCCAAGCUCUCCUGCCCAUUGGAUGGCCUGGAUGCUGCUGUGCCUCGUGGCUCUCACUGCCGUGGCCCCUCGGGGGGGGGCACCGGGAAAGGCGCA